UCCAGGUUGGUCGGCGCGAGUGGAAGUGUGGUCUCGCGCGCGUUUAGUUCGCGUUGUUGGCGCGAAACAAAAGUUCUGACUUUGCUGGAAAUGUGCGUGUUUCGUCGUUGGAGGAAGUUUUUGGAGUGAUUGCAGCGUGUUUACUUUAAGUUUAGAGCAACAAGUUUAGUGUUUUAAGAAGAGAAGUGCGACGUAGCGAGCCCGCAGAGGACACCUAGGGAGAUUGCAAGAAAGGAAAAAACGCAGGUGUAAUUAAUCUGUCAGAUCCUUACGAAACAGCAGAGAAAAAAAAAACAGCGAGUGUGUUUAAGUGUGUCCAGAAAGGACAAUAAAACAAACGUAAUACAAGACCUCCUUUUGACCAAGGAGCGAACGAAAAAAAAGGAAAAGUGCCGAAAGGAGAACGAAAGGAACCGUUGAUGAAUCGUUUAUAGCUGCGUUGAAGAGCGAGAAAGAUAUCGCCGGCAAGUGUUCAGAGUUCCAGCUGGUAACACCUCUUAGAUCCGUUUAGAAAACACACACACAAAAACUAUGGAGGACGAUUCGCUGAAGAAGGACCGGAAGGACUCCAAGGAUGGUGGUGUCAAUGGGAAAGAAGGAGGAGGUGGCGGCGAUGGAGAGAUCGUCCUCAAGCCAAAGAUGACACUGGUCAACGGAAUUACCGUGAUUGUGGGUUCCAUCAUCGGGUCCGGAAUCUUCGUGUCUCCAACCGGAGUGUUGCUUAACACCGGCAGUGUCAACAUGUCGCUGAUCGUGUGGGUCAUCUCCGGCCUGUUUUCGAUGGUCGGCGCGUACUGCUACGCCGAGUUGGGCACGAUGAUCAAAAAGUCCGGUGCCGAUUACGCGUACAUCAUGGAGACGUUCGGCCCGUUCAUGGCCUUCAUUCGGCUGUGGAUCGAGUGUAUGAUCGUGCGGCCGUGCUCGCAAGCGAUCGUGGCCCUCACGUUCAGCGUGUACGUCCUGAAGCCGUUCUUCCCGGACUGCCAACCGCCGGACGAUGCCGCCCGGAUGCUGGCCGUCUGCUGUAUCUUGGUACUCACGUUCAUCAACUGUUGGGACGUGAAGUGGGCAACGGCCGUCCAGGACGUCUUCACCUACGCCAAACUGUUGGCCCUGUUCGUCAUCAUCGGAACCGGCGCGUACUUCCUGUUCAAGGGACACACCGAGCACUUUACGUUCGAGAACACUAAAACCGAGGUCACAUCGCUGGCGCUGUCAUUCUACUCCGGCCUGUUCGCCUACAACGGAUGGAACUAUUUGAACUUUAUCAUCGAGGAGCUGAAGGAUCCGGUCAAGAAUCUGCCGCGUGCCAUCGCCAUUUCCUGCACCCUCGUCACCGUGGUGUACGUGUUCACCAACGUGUCCUUCUACACGAUGCUGUCGCCGGAGGAGGUGCUCGGCUCGGAGGCCGUGGCCGUGACCUACGCGGAUCGGGUGUUUGGCAUGUUCGCGUGGACCAUUCCGGUUUUCGUGGCCCUGUCGACCUUCGGCGCCGUCAACGGCAUCCUGCUGACGUCAUCGCGCCUGUUCUACGCCGGCGCCUGCGAGGGCCAAAUGCCGGAGAUUCUCACCAUGAUCCAGAUCCAGCGGCUCACCCCGACGCCGGCCGUCCUCAUCAUGGCGCUGCUGUCGAUGCUGUACCUCACCUCGUCGGACAUCUUUGCGCUGAUCAACUACGUCGGAUUCGCCACCUGGCUGAGUAUCGGCGCGGCCGUUCUGUGUCUGCCCUGGCUGCGGUGGAAGCAGCCGAACCUGCCCCGCCCGAUCAAGGUGAACAUCUUCUUCCCGAUCUUCUACCUGCUGGCCACGAUCUUCGUCGUGGUUGUCCCGAUGAUCGCCAGCCCCAAGGAGACCGGCUACGGGUGCCUCAUGAUCCUGUCCAGUAUUCCCGUCUACUUCAUCUUCAUCGCGUGGAGAAACAAACCAAAGUGGUUCAACCACACCAUGGUGGGCCUCACCCGAUUCUUGCAGAAGAUGCUUCUGGUCGUCGGCAAGGCCAAACCAGCUCAGGUUUAGAGAAAAGAAAAGUAAUUCAAGAGUUUAAACUAGAUCACCCAACAACCAUCAGACGAGCAUCGCUCUCCCCCCAAAAGCAUGCACAUUACUAAUCGAAAGCAUUCAUUAGAAGAAGGAAGCAAAAAAAAAAACUUUUGAAGAUUACCGAAUAGUGCGCAUUUACAGCAUCAACAUUCCAAAAUCACUCUCUCAACGACAACGAGGAAGCUAUUUAUGUUUUAAAACGCAACGCUGUUUUGUUGGCGUAAAAUUUAAGUGCAUUUUGUUAGGAUUUAAAAAAUUAUCUCUGUAUUUUGUUAAUUUUAGACUGUCUGACAUUCCACGUGGUAGUAUUUGUUAGUGAUCCGUAGGCAAGCGAUUGUUUUUAUAAUUUGUACUAUUAGAAUAUUUUCGGCUUGAAAAAAUAUGUUCCUGUUAAAUUUUAAAUCACUCGUUUUAUUAUCAUUUUUCGCGUGCAACGCACAUAUUUGAGACCAGUCUCAAAUCAAAGUGACAUGACGAGGGAGAAUUAUUGCAAUAGAAAUAAAUUUAACAAAAUUGUAAGGGGACUACUUCAAGAAACAACUUUAGUCAUACCCAAUGUUUACUGGUGUUAAUUUUGGAAGGGAUCGUUGAAACGAAGUUGGUUGCAUUUAGGAGAGAACAUAUCAGAAAAAAAAUAGAAACAGAAUCUCAAAUGUAUUAAUUAGCUCCAUAUCGAAAGCAAAAGGCAUUUGUUUGAACAUGGUUUUAUUUGUUAUUGAAAUCCAGUUAUCCUAAACACAUUAUUCCUCACAAUUAAAACUAAUUAAUUGUUUAUAAGCAGCGUUCCUGAAAUGGGGCUGCUGGCUUUCUAAUUCUAAAGCAACGCGUUCAAAUUAUAAAUAUGUAAUCGAAUCAAAUUUUAAUCGGUAAAAAGACAUUACAAAUCAAGUGUUUUAAAUGUGUUUCAUUCGAUGUCCCAGAUUGGAAAGCGUUAGAUUGUUGACGAGAUGAAAGAUAAACAAUAAAACAGCCAAGUAUUGCGAAAGCACAGAGAAAAAAACGGCAAGGAUAAAUUGUUGACAAUAAUAUAAAGUUUAGUGUGUAGGCUGAGAGAAAAAUCUGAAAGCAAAGCGAUACAAGGUUUUUAAACAAAACAAUAAGCCACAUUUAAGCACUGCAUUAUACACCCACAUGUACCCCUCCCAUAACAAGCUCAUGUAUAAAACAUACCACAAAUGACAAACAUUCCACAUGUUCAAAUUGCCAAAACCGAAACAUAUUAAAUGUGAUCAUCAACGUGACCGUGUUAGGUGUAAAUAAACUCAUACAACUAAAGUCCUGAAAAAAUAUACAGAAUCACAAAACUAACGAAAAA